AUGGUGGAUCAAGAAGUUCCUCCACAAGCUCCACAAGCUCUGAUUGACCUUCGGGAAGAUCCUCAAGAGUUUAUAGAUGAGGUCUAUAAGGUGUUAGAUAUUAUGGGAGUUACUUCAGUAGAGAAAGCGGAAUUGGCCGCUUACCAAUUGAAAGGAGUUUCUCAAGUUUUACCUUUAGAGAUGAGAAAGGCUAAGGUUCUUGAAUUCAUUAGCCUCAGGCAAUGUAGUAUGAGUGUUAAGGAAUACGCUUUGAGGUUUACCCAACUAUCUAAGUAUGCUCCUUCUAUUGUGGCGGAUUGUAAGACUAAGAUGAGUAAGUUUGUUUCGGGAGUGUCCGAUUUAGUGGUGAAAGAAUGUCGUACGACUAUGCUUUUUAAUGAUAUGGAUAUUGCUCGUCUUAUGAUUCAUGCCCAACAAAUUAAGGAGGAGAAACUAAAAGGGAGAUCUAGGGAGAAAAAGAGGUGUGGAAAGAGACAUGAGGGUAGAUGUUUAGCUGGCAUAGAGAGUUGCUUUAGUUGUGGUGAAAUUGGUCACAAAAUGAGGAAUUGUACUAAGGCAAAGACUAAAGGAAGAGAGGAUGUUCCCAAGAAAAACCGAUUAUAUUCACUUCAAGCUAGAGGUGACCAUGAAUGUGCUCCAAAUUGA